CUCGUUUCAUUCAUCCAGCGACAUCACUACGUUUGCAUGGCUUCAGAUUCGAGGAAACGCACAUUAGAGGCUUUGGAGAGAAGAAUUGCUGUUGCUAAAGUUGAAAUUCUCCAAAAAGAAAACAAAACAAAAAAGAUUUUAAACGAAGAUGGGAAACCAUAUGUUCCCUCACUUUCUAAUUCCAAUCUGUGUCAUUCAACACCCAAAAUAGGGAAUUUCAGUUUUUCUGGUCAUGCCACUUUGCAAGACGUUGAAGAUGAUCCAGCAUAUGCCCCACUUUCUGUGCCUGUAAAUGAAAAUCUGCUCACAAUUAACGAGGAGUUUUCUGCACAAAAAGGAGGAGGUUCAAUUGAUGGCAUAUUGCACGAGCUUCUUCAAAAGGGAGAUGCAGCCCAAAAGUACAUGCAAGGAUCUAGAAGCAUGAAAAUUGACAACUGGAUCCUUCUUGAUAAUUAUGUGCAGGGGCGGGUGCUUUCUUCUGGUUCUCAAACUAGGGCUUUGCGAAUUCAUUCAAAACGCUCUAAGAAACACAUGUCUAUGAAGCAGCAUAAAAAUUGUGGAUCAUUAGAUCUUCCUGAAGAGUACCAAAAAUUUGAUAUUUUCAAGCCAAUGCAUGAAAUGUGGAAAGACUAUAUAAUGCUACUUCUUAAAUCCACUGGUAAAAAUCAAUUGGCUCAAUGUCUCCUUGGUGCAGAUCUACAUGGUGCUAUUAUUUUAGUUGUGGAGUGUAAAAUAAGCCAUUUUACAGGAAUUUGUGGGAUCAUGAUUCGUGAAACUGCAGAAGCAUUUGGGAUAAUCACUGAAGAUAAUAAAUUCCGGGUUGUUCCCAAAAAGGUUUCUGUAUUUUAUUUCAAGUUGAUUGCUGGAAAGUCACACUGCAUGGAGAUAAACUUGGUUCAAGAAAGGUUGGAUUAUGAUAUUAGUAAUGAUGCUUCAACACUGUAGGUAACAUCUUCACUUCUCUAAAGGCCUUUCUCUCAGUUUUUGAUGAUGGUAC